GUAGAAUCUUCUUCUUCGCUAUGCACCAACGUUGUUCCUCUGUAAAUUAGGGUUUGCAAUUUAUUCAUUGUUGUUUGUUUCCCCAAUUGCUCUGAAAUUCGUUAAUCAAUCUUCCAACAAUGACGAAAAAGGACAAUAAACGCAACGAUAAACACGACGAGAAAAAGGAGCUAAUGAUUGCGAAGAAGAAUAAGAAGAGAAACGUUUCGAGAUUGGGUGGAAGUGGCCGUUCGCUUAAUGUUUCCGCUAAUGCAAAAUCCAAUAACAAUCAAUACAACCCAGCUCUCAUAAAGAAGCAAAGGGAGUUAUACAAGAACGCUAAGAAUGUGAAUAAGUAUAAGAAGAUGCUAAAGCGACAAAACCUGCAGAAUGAUCCCUUGGUGGCCCAAAGGCAUAUCGAGGAGGAGCUGAUGUUGCAGCCCAAGCCUCAGAACGUUGAUCUAUCUGAGAAUUUGAAUGAAACUGAAGGUGACAAGGACAAGAAUGAGAGGAGGAAGCCGAGGAAGAAGGAUAGUGCUUUUAGUUUGGAAGAAUUAUACAAGAAGAAGCAUGAAGAAAAAGAGAAAGAAAGAAUGGAGAGGGAAGCAAUUUUCAAGGAAAAGAAGGAACAAAGAGAAAAAGCUGAAGCUCGGAGAAAAACUUUGCGCGAACAAAUGUUUAAGAAGACACGAAAAGGGCAGCCUGUUAUGAAAUAUAGAAUUGAACAUCUUUUGGAGACUAUUCAAGGCUCAGUUGGCAACAAAUCCUGAUUAGUGGAGUAGGGAAGGGCCAAUUGAAGAUAACCUCAACAUCCCUUUUUAUUUUAUCAGCAUGAUUCUGUGUUUACACAGAGCUGAGCUGACAUUCAUCAGAAUUCUGUUGUCAACAAUGAGUUACUGUCUUCAUCAGUAUCAAAUAUCAAUGGUUGUACCAAAUUUUGUACCUUAAAUUAUACCAGUAAUCAUCGUAAUGGCCUAGGCAGUGUGUAUAAGCCUUUUGCACUAGAAACAGUUAAGUAUCGAAAUAGAGAACACUUGUAGCAUAAGCUUUCUUCAAUUUAUUCAUUAUAUAGUUGAGUACUUGUUUUUAA